GCGGGCGGCCCCGUGCCCGGCGGCCACGACGAGCUCUGCAAAGGCACCCGCAACUACAAGCGGGCCCUGCUGCUGCGGCACCACCUCUCCGCCGAGCAUCGCCUCAACGAGCCGGGCAGCGCCGAGCAGGAGUCGGAGUUACCGUCAGAACUGAAUAAUGAAGGAUACUGUGAUUUUAACAGCAGGCCAAAUGAGAACUCUUACUGCUAUCAGCUCCUGCAAGAACUAAAUGAGCAGAGGAAGAAAGGCAUUCUUUGUGAUGUCAAUAUUGUGGUGAGUGGGAGGGUCUUCAGAGCUCACAAGAACAUCCUGGUUGCAGGCAGCCGCUUCUUUAAGACUCUGUAUUGCUUUACAAACAAAGAAAGCCGUAACCAAACCACUGUUACCUAUUUAGAUGUUGUUGCUGUUCAAGGUUUUUCUGUCAUUUUGGACUUCUUGUAUUCUGGUAACCUCGUGCUUACGAGCCAAAACGCCAUUGAAGUGAUGUCAGUGGCCAGCUACCUUCAGAUGACGGAGGUUGUCCAGUCUUGCCGCAAUUUCAUUAAAGAUGCCUUAAACAUAAGUAUAAAAUCAGAAGCUCCGGAGACCGUUGUAGUGGAUUAUAACAGGAGGUCUGUGAGUAGGGAUGGUAUGUCUCCAAGGGAUCAGAAAGUUGCCAGCUUCUGGGCAACACGAAACCUUACCAACUUGGCGAGUAGCAUAAAAACUGAGAACGAUGGUUAUUCGAUUGAUGAGGCCCAAAUUGAAAGCUACCAAAUGAAUGACUGCAGUUGGGUCCAGGACAGCUCACCUGAAAUGGCUGAAAAUGAGUCUCAAGGUGAGGGAAAAGUUUUCGUGUGGAAUGACAUGGGCUCACAGGGACAAUCAGUUCAAGAACCUGGAAAAGCAAGAAGGAAAAACCAAACUGCAAAAAGAUUUAUUUAUAAUAUACCGCCUAAUACUGAAGAGAACUCAGAAGAUUGCUCAGUGUUGCAACCAUCAGUCCCAUAUCCAGAAGAAGAUCUGUCAUUCAUUAAAGAAGAAGCAGGGACAUCAAGUGACUUCAAGUAUGGACUGCUGCCGGGGACAUCAAGUGACUUCAAGUAUGGACUACUGCCGGGUACUUCAAGUGACUUCAAGUAUGGACUGCUGCCGGGUACUUCAAGUGACUUCAAGUAUGGUUUGCUGCCAGAAUCUUGGCCAAAAGAUGCUUGGGAAAAUGGCGAUUCCUCUGCUUUAAUCAUGAACAAGCUGAAGUGUCCACACUGUAAUUACGUAGCCAAAUACAGAAGAACACUAAAGAGACACUUGCUCAUUCACACAGGCGUGAGGUCUUUCAGUUGUGACAUCUGUGGGAAGCUGUUUACUCGAAGAGAGCACGUCAAGAGACAUUCCUUGGUGCAUAAAAAGGAUAAAAAGUAUAAAUGCAUGGUAUGUAAGAAGAUCUUCAUGCUAGCAGCCAGUGUUGGAAUAAGACACGGAUCUCGACGCUAUGGAGUUUGUGUAGACUGUGCAGAUAAAUCUCAGCCUGGAGGGCAAGAGGGAGCAGACCAGGUGCAGGACACAGAUUUCCCUAGGGAUGAAGAAUAUGAAGAAAAUGAAGUGGGAGAAGGUGAUGAAGAGCUUGGUGAUGACGUAGAAGAACAGAAUGACCAGUCUCGAUGGGAUGAAUCUGGCGAAGUUUGUAUGCCUUUAGAUGACUGACGAGAGCAUAUGACUUCAGGGUGCUGCAGAUGGACACUAUAUGGAUUGACUAUUUGAAUUUUGGACUGAAGGCUUGUGAAAUAUGGUACAGGCUGGAUGGUAGUUAAGUUGCUGUGAAAAAUGUAGGGUCAAAGCCUUAUAGCAAAAAAAAUAAAAGGAUUAUUAAUUUUUUUAUGAUAUUUGCACAGGACUGUACAGCAUACAACCGUUUGGUUGAAUUAUACAGAGUCCUCACAUCUACAGUCAGUUAUCAAAAGAAAAAUGUAUUUUUUAUUAUUUAUAGGAUAUAGCUACUUGGGUCCUAUUCAGAUAUAGUAACUGUACUUACAUUAUACAUUCAUGUAUCUGUUAACAUGAAUGAAGAUUGCAACUUGGUAUGGAAGUACAAAGACAGCAUCCCCAAAUCCACUCAUACUUCUAGUGAACCAGUAAUGCUAAUUUGGGCUAGUGGGCUUGCUUCCACAAGCAUGUCUUUGCCAUACAAACUUUACCUCUCCCAUAUGCUGAUAGGUGAAAGCCAAUUACUUAAAUAUGCAUCAUGGAUAAUGCCAAGAAUUUAUUGAAAUUUGGUUUUAAAAGUUUUGGCUUUAAGCCAGCAGGUGGUACAGGUGAUAAGCACUGGAGAAGUUAAUAAUGGCAUUAAUUUAGUCUAUUUCUUCACAGUUUGGAAUUUUCAAGAAAGUUGCUAUUGACUUAACAGUUCCAGAGUAAUCUUGCAGGAGGAAUGACCGGUUAUCAAAGUAAUGGACUGAUCAGAGCAUGGGCUGCUCUUCUGCCACUUAGUCAAAAGAGACAGUCAUAUUCAAAAAUGUCUGUAAUAAAGCUUCUUUCCCCCUCUAAGGCUCCCCCUCUUCACAUUUUUUACUUCCCUGCUGUAUACCUCAGUCCUACAAAAUAAAAGUCCAAGGAAUGGAGAAAGUGUCAUAUUAAACAACUUUUUGAUAUAUAAUUUCUUGUCCGCUUUUUGGCUAGUUGAUGUGAUAUAAAUUGGACACUAGGCUCUUGUGCCCAUUGUUCGUCAUUUAAAAUGAACACAAACUAUUUUUUAUUCUUUUGUAUUUAAUGGGAUAUUGCUAGCAUUUAAUAUAAACCAGUUACAUUUAACUCGAUUUAAUUUGCUGGAUUUUCUUUUUUUAAAAAAGGAAAACAAAACAAAGUCCAAAGCAAAACAACGCUCUUUGAGUUGUGUACUUUUCAGGAUGAUCUGCUCCCUAUGCUCUUUAUUUCAAAUUUUCUAUAAGGCAUUUAAACUUGAAUUUUUGUAGCGAUGUGGAUUUUUUUUCUUAAGCUUGUAAUAUUGUACCAAUGAUUUUCAGGCCUCUUUCGUAGGGAGGGGAGGGCAUUACAUCUUUAUCUUAAACUCUUGUGUGUUGUCUAGCCGAAGACAAACGAGUUCAGGCAAUCAUCAGAACAAUCCAUCUGAUGUGCUGUUAUGUCACAGCAAGUAAAUAUGCAGAGCAUUUAUCAUAACACAUAGCUAGGCCAGUGUGACAGUACUGUAUAAAAACCAAUUGAGGGUCACCAUAUUCUUCAGCUUUGUUUAAUUUUAAAAGGAGUAUAUUUUUCCUAUUUUAUAUCAGGUAACUAAAUUAUGCUAGUUGUGUGAUAACCUUGAACUAUGCUUUGAUGGACAGAAUCUUAAUGGUGCUCCAUCUGAUCCAAGUUGGUAUGUAUUUAAAGAGACGAGCUUUACUGUUGUCCUUUCCAUCAGUAGAACAGUAACAUGAUGUGAAGACAUUGUUUUUGCUGAUUGAAGCUGAGUUUGAACUACAGUUAUAUGGGAAUUAAAAUACCUUUUUUUUAUCAUCAAUUUGUUUCAUUGGUAGUUUCCACGUUAUUGUAAACCUGACAGAUGAUUAGUUUUCUCGGGGCGGGGUGGGUGGGUGCCUUUUCUUUUCUUUUUUUACACUGAAGAAUACAUCUUUAUUCUCAUUGUUCUAUACUGAAACAAGUAAUGUGUAAUUCUGGUGGGGUCCAAAGUAGAAAUUAGUUGGGCAAAGAUGAUAUGAAUGAAAAAGUAUUUUAAACGUUAAAGUAAUGUUCUGCUUUGUGAAUAUGUAAGUAUAGCAUAAAGAUUUUUCCAUCCCAUUUAUCCCCUUUAAAACCAUAGUUUACAAUUGGUAGAUCUGUCUAUAUAUAUAAAUAUAUAUAUAUAUAUCUGAAAUUCACCUAAAUCUGCUUUAUUAGAAUACUGCUCACUUAAUGCUUAGAAACUGGACCUGGCUCUACAUUCUUAAUGUAUCUUCCUUUUUCUGUUGAUUUUUUUUGUUUGUUUAUUUUUCCCUCGAGGUAUGAACUUAUUCUCUUGGAACUGAAUCUUCUUUUACUACUUAAAUCAUUUAUGUAUAUCUGGUAAAUUAUGACCAAAUUUGUUGUUAGACUGCAUACAGUAAAUUGAAAUAUACACUUGGUACACUACA